AUGGCGGAGUUCCCGUCCAAAGUGAGCACGCGGACCAGCAGCCCCGCGCAGGGCGCCGGCGCCGCGGCCUCCGCGCUGCGCCCGGACCUGGGUUUCGUGCGCUCCGCCGUCGGGGCGCUCAUGCUGCUGCAGCUGGGACUGGGGCUGCUGGUGUGGGCCCUGAUCGCCGAUACCCCGUACCACCUGUACCCGGCCUACGGCUGGGUGAUGUUCGUCGCCGUCUUCCUCUGGCUGGUGACAAUCGUCAUCUUCGUCCUCUACCUGUUCCAGCUGCACGUGAAGCUGUACAUGGUGCCCUGGCCGCUGGUGCUGAUGGCGUUUAACACGGGCGCCACCGUGCUCUACAUCACCGCCUUCAUCGCCUGCGCCGCUUCCGUCAAGCAGACGUCCCUCAAGGGCACCGGGCCGUACAACCAGCGGGCGGCUGCCUCCUUCUUCUCGUGCUUAGUGAUGAUCGCCUAUGGAGUGAGCGCUUUCUUCAGCUUCCAGGCCUGGCGAGGAGUAGGCAGCAAUGCGGCCACCAGCCAGAUGGCUGGUGGCUACGCCUAA